CCCCUUCCGGCGCUGCCGUUAUGGCGGAACCGGCCGGGCCCUUCCACCUGCUGCAGGCCGGGCCGGGCCGGUACCUCUGUUACUGCCGCCCCGGCCCCGGCCCCGGCGGCACCGUCUAUGUGACCGACGCGCUGGACGUCUGGGCCCGGGAGCUCGGUGCCUGCCCGCCGCUGGGAUGUCAGUGCCCGCCAGAGGAGCACGGCGCGAAGCUCAGGGAGGCCCUGGAGCGGGGGGGCGCCGCGCUGAGCCUCGGUGAAGGGAAGGCCACGCUGCGGCUGCCGGAGGAGGCCCAGUGCUCGGUUCUGGAGCUCUUCAAGCUGCCCGUCGCGGAGGCGAGGAGCCAGGUCCAGGCGCUGGUGUUUGGCAUGGCGGGGCACGUCAGGAGCCUGGAGAGACGCCUGGGAGCAGUGGUGGAGACACUGGCAGCUUCCUGCAGCCCUGAGAAGAACACUGCCCAGCAGCUCUUCCUGCCAGACCCCAGCCCAAGGAAGACCAGGGGUGCUGGCUCAGCUUUGCUGGCCAAGAGGAAGAUCCCCGGGGAGUCUCUCAUUAACCCUGGCUUCAAAAGCAAGAAGGCACCAUCUGGAGUGGACUUCGAGGACUGCUGACCUGUGCUGUCCCGUCCCCCGAUGACAGCCCUACCGGAGUCGUGUCAGCCACGUGUGUGGAGGAAACUUCACUGCACCCUGGACCUGCUGAGUCCCUUUUGCCCAGGGGGCGGAUGGGACAAGUAGGACCAAGCGGGCUGGAGUCAGCGCCUGACAGGCCUGAGUGGGCAGCAGAUCCUCAGCUGGUGCGGUGGCAGGGCCUUUGAGGGGGACAGAUGGGGAAGGGGUGACAGAAGUGGUGGCUUUUUUCCCUGUGGCUCUUCCCUGCUGGCAGGGGUCACUUGUCAUGAAUUGAUGGGGGUUUUUUUUAAGAAUUUUGUAUUGCUGUGUAACAAAAAGAUUGUCUGUGCUUAACUUAUUGCUAGUAAAGAUGGUUUUAGCCAGUCGGUCUAUGGGGACUGGGACAGCA